AUGAAUUUUGAAUUUGAGAGGGAGAUCGGGUUUAUAAAUAGCCAGCCUUCGCUCGCAGAGUGCCUGACGUCUCUUCCCGCUGUCCUGGAGACAUUUCAAACUUCAUCAAUCAAGAACUCGACAUUAAUUCCUCCUCCUUUUGAGCAAACCGUCCUCAGCCUGAAUCCUUGUUCCAGCAGCCAAGGAAGACCGAGGAGCCAAAAAAGAGCAUCUCAUGGCCUGCUCCGGCCCCAGCCUCCGGCACAGCCCGGCCCCUUGGCAGCGGAAUUCCCCUGGAUGAAGGAGAAGAAAUCGUCCAAGAAAGCAACCCAGGCUCCAUCCUCGUCUUCCUCCUCUUCCCCCCCAUCAUCUUCCUCGUUGCCGAUCCCUGCCGCAGGAUCUCCCGCAGACACCCAGGGGCUCGCAGACACCAGCGGCUCCAGGAGGCUCCGGACGGCGUACACCAACACGCAGCUCCUGGAGCUGGAGAAGGAAUUCCACUUCAACAAAUACCUCUGCAGGCCCCGCCGGGUGGAGAUCGCGGCUCUGCUCGACCUGACCGAGCGGCAAGUCAAGGUCUGGUUCCAGAACCGCCGCAUGAAGCACAAGCGGCAGACGCGGCACAAAGAGCCCCCCGACGGGGACGCCGCCUGCCCCGGCCCGGACGAGGGCAGCGACCCCCUGGACGAGGCCGAGGACGGCCCCGCGCUGAGGCCCAGCCGCGGCCAGGCGCGCCCCGAGCUGCCCGGGGGCCCCCGGAGCCCGGCGCAGCCCCGCGCCGCCGCCUCCCGCCCGCAGCGCGCCCGCCCCGGCGGCCGGGACUCGCCUCCGCCGCCGGAGCUGGGCAUCUUCUCGGCAGAGCCCUGCCUGCAGCUCUCCCCCGGCCUGCAGGACUCCCUGGGGAGCCCCGUCCACUUCUCCGAGGAAGACCUGGACUUCUUUGCAAGCGCACUUUGCGCUGCAGAGCUGCAGCACCUCAAUUUCCAGUAGCGGGCCCGCUCCCCGCCUGCCGCUGCUGCCCCGCCAGGCCGAGGCGCCCCCAGCCCCGCCGCCAGCUGCCCCCGGCUGCGGGGACGGGGGGGCGCCCCCGAAAUCGCCCCCGAGCCACCACUCGUUCAAUCACCCCCCCCGAGCCCCAAACUCUGUCUUCCGAGACUCCUCGCGUUGCGGGACCGGAAUCACACUCGCAGUAUUUAUUUUACAAGGCUCACAUAAAAGAGUAGGGUUUUUAUUGUUAUUAUUUUGUAAUUAAAACCAGGUUCUUAAUUAUAGGCUUUUUUCUUAUUUAUUUUAAAGACGGCGCCCGAUAGUUCUCACGCACAUCAGACAUGUCAGGCCUCGAGAGAAAACAUUUGUAAAUCCUUCAAGUGACUUUCUCAGGAAUCAGAAUGAGACUUUUAGAUUUCUUAAUAAAAUGAUAAUGAUAAUGAUAAUAAUAAUAAUACAACAGAGGAAUUUUCUUUCCUCUUUUUAAGUUUUAGAUGUAGACUAUUUAUUAAAAUGUUUUAAUAGUAAAUGGCAAAUUAUUUAUUGUACAUUAUUUUCAUAGAGUAAAUAAAUGCCUUUAUAAAACUAAGAACCGUGGGUUGCUAUAUAUUUCAUUCGAAAUUGUUCUUUUUCUUUUUUUCCUAAAUCAGUCUCCUUCCUCUUCCCCGAUCUGCAGCAAUCUGGUGUCUUUAUAGUCUGUUCAUGUGCAUUGAGAGAGAGGACAAAAGAAAUUGCUCCCGACUAAUAUUGCAAGAGGCUUCGUGGGUCAGAAAUAUUUGCCCUGUUCCGUUCUGUCUGAAUUUUCUUUGAGCUUGUUUUUUAUUGUCAUUUUUUUUAAAAUAAAUCGAAGCCGGGUAUUUGUUUCCCAUGCUAACGCUCGCUGGUGUGUUUUUGUGACUCAGACUCCCUCCCGUAAGCACGGCUCGGGCCGAGGGGAAGGCAGCACAAAGGCGGCGCCGCGAAGCCCCCGCACAUUCCGCUCCCGUGCUGGGGGCGGGGGCGCGGCCCCCUGCAGCCGUUCCCGCAGCCCGGCCCGGAGCGGCCAGCGCUGCCCCUUGCCGUGAGCCCACUCCACCGGGUCUCAUCGCUUGCAGCAGGAAAUCGAAACGUGCCGCAUCGCAGUUAUAAGUAUUUUAAAGAAAGAAAAUGCGAAAAAAGGGGGAUUUCGAGUAGGAGCAAAGCAUGAGUGGUGCGAGCCAUCAUUUUGGCCAACAAAUAAAUGCUACAGAGGGCAGAGGGGGAAGAGAUUAGCCUGAAAGAGACAUUUCUUUUUUCCUCCCCCGUCUUUUUAGCAGCAAAACCCAGAAAACCUCCGGCCUCGUAAAUCUGCGGUCUCCUUCCGCAGCAGUUUGCGCAGCUCUGUCUCGGCUCGCGGAUCCCUUCACGAACGCGGUCUCGCAACAUGCGAUUUUAAUCACAAACCUCACAUAUCAGGGAGGGAGGGCGAGGCGGAGGGGGUGGGGAGGCUUAUGAAUGGAAGGGGGUCAGCGCAGGAAUCAAUCGCGGUGACACCCAAAAUAAAUCACGUUACGUCUUUGCUAAGUCACCGGUGGUUCCUCGGGCACAGCAGAACCCCGGCGG